AUGGCGGCCUCACUCUCCUCAUCCGUAUCCUCGCUGCAGUCAUCGCUGCAGCUGCUCGAUAACUCCAUCAACACCCUCGACUCGGGCGUCAACGACUUCCCCCGCCUAUGCAAAGUCCUCCAAACAACACGGCACUUUGAGCUCCUCCCUGAACCAACCCUUCGCGAAGCGCAGCAAUCCCUUCUCGAUGAAAUCACACCCAGCAUCGCUCAUCUCCUGUCUCUCGCCUCGAACCACGUCGAGAAACUCGCCCGUCGCGAACAGGGCCUAAAGGCUAAAUGUGACCUCCAAGAAGGCCGACUGUCAUCCAACUCGGACGCCCGGUCCUCGGCGACCCGCGCUCAAAGCCAGAGCAACGCGUUGCGGGGCCGUCUGGCGGGGUCGGGUGGUGGCUCGUCGGCCAACGCCGCGGAGCUCAGACGACUAGUCCAGAAGAAAGAGCGGUUGAAGUAUGCUGUUGAGCGUCUGGAACUGCAGAGCACGCAGAGAGAGAGACAGUUGAGGAAGAGCAUGGCGGCGCAGUGA